AAAGUAACUUUGCAAAUAUUUUUCACAUAUUUUUAACAAUGUUUUGACAUUAAAUGUUACUUUAGUCAUACGUGUGGCGCCAGUGGGUUGUACUAUGUGGACUUGCUCUGAAAGUGCUGCUUAUGAAGACCUUGCAAAUUUGCAAUCAUUAUGGAAACAGCUGAGAAGAACUGAAAAAAACCUACAAACUGUAGAGGAAGAGCUUUCCAGCACUCAUACAAGUGAGCGUUAUGGACCCUGCUUGGAUGAGGCUGUAGACUUCACUCCGAAGGACCUUGUUCAGCCUAACUGCAACUAUCAAGGCUUUUUCAGCUGUAAGACGAAUGCUGGUAAAACAUCAGGCAAGAAUUUUCAAAGGACAUCUGAAUCUUACCCAGUAUCCACAACUUCUGAUAAAACCAUGGAAGAAGAUGAACGUCUUAAGGAGAAGCUGGAUGCCCUUCAUGAGCAAAAUGCAUCUUUGACUUCUCAGAACCAUUACCUAAAGAACAGACUGGAAACAAUGAACUUUGAAUUGCUGCAGUCAAAAACAAGAAUUUCUUACCUUGAAUCGACUUUAGAUGCACAUUUAGUCAGCAUUCCAAAGCUGAAAGAACAGAUUGUAAACUUGGAAGCAGAAGUUUCAGCUCAAGAUAAGAUUCUCAGAGAUGCAGAAGAGAAACUAAAUCUAAGCCAGAAAACAGCAAUGGAAAGAGGAAACAUGUUGCAGAGAUAUAAAAAGGACUAUAAAAACCUGAAAAUUGAGUUAAUUGAACAAAGCAAGCAAGGAAAGAGGGCAGAACAACAAAGAAACGAAGCUUUGUUGAGCGUGGAGGAGCUGACAAGAGCUUUCAAAAAGUAUAAAGAGAAAAUAACUGAAGCAUUAGAAAAGGUUAAAGCUGAAGAAGUAAUCUUGGGAAAACGUUUGAUUAAUUGUGAAAAAGAAAGAGAGAAGUUGAAUGAGAAGUGUGUCAGCUACAGAAAGGACCUAGACAUCCUAGAGGAGCAACUAAGGCAAUUAAAGGAAGAGAAUCAUAGCACGAAAGAAGAAAUUAAGAUUCUUGAGGUAAAGAACACUGAAAUGGUGUCAAUGCUGACUCGAUCUGAUCAGAAGGUCAGGGAGCUUGAGAGUGAACUUCAUGAAAAAGAAAGAGUACUUCAAGAGAAAAAUGUUCUAAUAAGUGAAAACACAGAGCUAAGAGAUCUUACUGAACAGCAACGUAACCGCUUGAAAUUAUGCCAUCAAGAAAUUGAAGAUUCAAGGGAAGAGCUCCACAUACUAGAAACCAUUAUUUCCCAGUUGUCCCUAAGUACAGCUGAAGAGUUUAAAUGGCACCACUUGAAACACCAGCUAUCCAGCUCUUCAACAAAAGAAGCUCUCUCUGAGUCUUGUGAAUUGAACAAACCUUUGAUUGCAGACCAAAGCAUUAAACUGGCAAUGAAAGACGCAGAAGCUCAAAAGCCUUGUUCAAAUCUUACUGUCUGUACUGGAGCCAAGCAUCUUUCUAAUGAUAAUGAAGGACAAGAAAAUAGCACGUCAUAUGACCUGGAAACAGAGCCUGUCAUAUUGCUCAGAAGUCAAGGAGAGAGGAGAAAAUGUCAGCAGUUGGAACUUAUCAGCAAACAAUUUGAAAAGGAGAGGCAAAGAUUCCAGAAAGAGACAGAAGAAUUACGCACUAAACUGACAAAAGCAGACGAAGAGAAUUCUUCUUUGAAGACCAGCAUGGCUCAGAGAGCCAGUCAUUUCCAAGUCAUGCAGGAAGACCUAUUGGAGAAGGCUUCAAAAGCUAGUAGCUUAGAGAAAGAAAUAACAAAGAAAUCUUCUCAACUUUCUGUACUUGAGAAACAGCUGGAAGAAAAGACUACUCUUUACUCUGUUGUUGCAACAAGAAAUACUGAGUUGGAACAGGAACUCAUGGAAAAAAACAGACGCAUUUAUGAGUUGGAAACAGCUUUCGGUGAAGAACAUGAGAAAAUAACUUCUGCCUUUGAAAAAACAAAGUUGGCUCACCUUGAGCAGCACAAAAAGAUGGAGAAACAGGUUGAGCUACUUCAGACAGAGCUGGCGAAGAAAGAUCAACAAUUAAUUGAACAAGAGAAAAGAAUAUCUAUGUUGCAACAAGAUGUUAUACAUAAACAGCAUCGCAUUGAAUCAUUGGAUGGGCUGCUGACAGAAAGCAGAGAGGAAAUGGAAAAUCAGAGUGUCAAGAAAGAUCAAGGAUUGAAGGUCCUGAAAAGUCAGUUAACAGAAGAAACAGUCAGAGUGAGACAACUUGAGUCAGCACUAGACAUAUGUAAGGAAGAAGUUGCACUGUAUCUGAAUCAGUCACAAGAAAAUAAGGAAUUAUUUGAAAAUCAGCUCAAGAAGAAGUCUCAAGAGGUUCUUUAUUUACAGAAAGAAAUAAAAAUAAAGGAUCAGAAUAUUCAGGACACAAGUGAACAAAAUAUUCUUCUACAACAAACUUUGCAUCAUCAGCAGCAAAUGUUGCAGCAAGAAACUAUUAGAAAUGGGGAGCUGGAAGAUAAUCAAAUUAAACUUGAAAAACAGAUAUCCAAUUUGGAACAAGAGCUUCACAAGCAGAAAGCCUGUGCAGAAAAUGAGUUGAGAAAAGUAGAAGAGAAGCAUCGCCUAGCUGCUCAGGAAGCAGAUUUAAACAGAAAGAAGGUGGAUGAACUUAAUCGCACGAUCAGACAAAUUAAAGUGGAGAUGGGUCAGUGCAAGAAUGAACUUACUGGUAUGGAAAAAGAAGUUGUGCAAUUAAAACAAGAUGGUGAAAACAAAGCAAUGCAGAUAAAUCAAUUGAAUAUUACUUUGGAAGAAGCAAGAUCAGAACUCAAUGAAAAGGCAAAUGAGGUGAAUGAAUUAGAAGAUAAGCUGUUUCAAAGUGAGACUUGCCACAGAGAAGCCUUACAGAAAAUAGCAGAACUAGAGUCAGCAUUGCAGAAUGCCCAUGGAAAAUUAAAAAUCACUUUAACACAGCUUCAGGAAUUGCAAGAUGCAUUACAGAAUGCACAGUCCUCUCUGGAGGAGAAACAAGUUGCUAUCGUGAAUCUAACAACUGAGCUCAGGUAUUGCAAGGGAGAAAUUGAAGACAGAAGGCAAGAACUCCUUGACAUGGACCAAGCACUGAAAGAAAGGAAUUGGGAACUGAAACAAAGAGCAGCUCAGAUUACACAGUUGGAUAUGACAGUUCGUGAACAUAGGGGAGAAAUGGAACAACAAAUAAUUCGAUUACAGUGCAAUUUAGAGAAGUCAGAGCUAGAAAUUAAGGAAUGCAAUAAACAGAUUGAGAGCUUAGAGAAGAAACUCCAGCGUUGCAAAGAUGAGCUUCGUGGAAAGGAGUUUGAAUUGCUCCAGAGAGAUCAAGAAAUAAAUCAGCUGAAGAAAAAAAUUGAAAGGAAACAACCAGAACCUCUUGAAAAGGGACAAGACUUGUGAAGGAAAGAAUGUUGCUCAUUGGACGCAGGAAUGCUGUUGCUGGCAACAUAAUUGUGCACUCAACAACAUAAUUAAGCAUUCAAAAAGGAAAUAUUGUAUUUGUAAAUGAUGAAUAUGGUUAUUUGUACUGAAACAAAUUGCAACCUUUUUUACUCUUUCAACUGUUUCUGAGAUUAUUGCCUUGAUGUUAUUAUUAUUAACAUCUUGAUUUAUUUUUGAGAAAUAAAUUUUAGUUUUUAAGUAUCUUGA